UUUCGGUGUGCAAGUUUCUUUUGAAAACAGUGCUAGUCGCGUAAGAAGCAAUACUUCUGUGAACAAAACCGAGAUCACCAAUCGGAAGCAGGAUAUUGGUCUGAGCUGUUAAAGAGAACAACUCAUAAAUCACGUGAGCAUAAUAUCGAGCACGGGAUGAAAAUUGGACAAAACUAAACCGGAGAGCAGUAAGCAGCCGAAGUGAUGAUAAUUUGAGUGUGCCUCCGGCGGCCAGUAGCAAUGGACCACUACUCGACAAUGGUUGGAUUGGAUCGCAUUAGCGGCUAUGGGAUGACGACGGUGAUGGAAGGCUAUUUACCGAGCUACUCAACCGAAGCGUCUCUGUACCGCAGCUUCAGUUCCUCCGGAGACACAAGCCCAUCGUUCACGGGUCAUGAUGCGAGUGUCAAUUAUGGGUUGUCUUCGUUCACGGAAAUGAUUAUUGACAGCGAAAGCUUCGUUCCGGUUCAGAUGACGACGACGACCACGCCAACGACGACGGCAAGUCACGAUUAUCUGGAUCAACGAUUACUCGACACCGAAAACCACCAGACAAUUACCCCUGUUCCCCCAAAUGACCCGAUUAAACCGCCGAAAGCACGUGCUAAUAAAGCCAAGCGGCGAUCUAUGGGUCCCUCCGCCACCGUUUUAAAGUGCCCGAAAACUCCGAAACUAGAUCAAAACGCCGCAAAAAAGAACCUCAUUACACCUCCGAGUCCAACCGUGAUGAAGAAACGGCGCCUAGCAGCCAACGCCAGGGAACGGAAACGGAUGAACAGCCUCAAUGUGGCUUUUGAUAAAUUGCGGGAAAUCGUUCCAACGCUGGGCCCCGAUCAUAAGCUGUCCAAGUUUGAAACACUUCAGAUGGCCCAGACAUACAUCAACGCGUUAAGUGAUUUACUGGAGCGGGGUGCGGACGAAAGCACCUACAGUUUGUUCGAUUCCAGUCCGGGAACGGCCAGUGAUAGCAAUAAUAACCACGAUCAGGAUGGGCAGUUUGAGAUGCAAAGGCUUUAUGAGGUAGAUUUUAUUUAG